AUGAACCGCAACGACCACAUCUUCAACAACCUAAGCAUUGGUAGCAGCAAUGAUCUAUCGUUGCAGCGCCUCGAGCCGAGUGGGCCACACCGAAGACACAUGCACUGUGCCCAGAACUUUGGUGCAAGAGCAGUUACUCCAGUCAAAGAAGAGAGAGAUCCACACGAAGAGUUAUCGUUGUAUGAACUGCUCUCGGCACUCCAGCCAGCAACAAACGCAAUCAUCCCAUCAAGUAUUCCAUCUAUUCGCGUAACACGUAACAACAACACAGCAUCAGACCUGAAGACUCCGCUUCGAUUCAAUUCCUAA